AUGUGUCGUGUUCGAGAUCCACAGAUUUUUUGCCGCACAUCCCAGAAUUUGCACUUGAGCUUGAAGAGUUCUCAGGCACUUUGGAUGACUCCAGGAGGGAACAUGGAGGUUCAUAAAGCGAGUUCCCAACUUGCGGCACACGAUGUACCGCAGUUCUAUCUUCUGGUGGCACUGUAUUUCCUUCAGGGCAUCCCAGUCGGCUUGGCAUUUGGAACAGUGCCAUUUUUAUUGAAGUCUAUUGCCAAAGACACCUCGUUCACGAAGUUGGGCUUGUUCGGUAUAGCAACCUAUCCGUAUUCGUUGAAGAUACUUUGGUCUCCACUGGUUGAUUCGGUCUUCAGCAAGAAGAUCGGUCGUCGACGGUCAUGGAUCAUUCCGGUACAGCUGGCCUCCGGAGUGAUGCUGUGGUGCGUAGGUCACGCUGUCGCCCAGGGAUGGGUAUUUGAAGGGGUCGACGCUAGCUAUGGUGCGCCUUCACUAGGAGAUGGCGCUAAAAUCAACAUCACUAGCCUGACGGUCUGUUUCUUGGUGCUGGUCUUUUUCUGCGCUACACAGGACAUCGCGGUGGAUGGCUGGGCAUUAACUAUCCUGUCACGCCAGAGCUUGAGCUAUGCCUCUACUGCUCAGACAGUUGGGUUGAACACGGGCUACUUCUUAAGCUUCAGCAUAUUUCUUGCAUUCAAUUCGGGCGAUUUUGUCAACAGGUACUUCAGGGCUCUGCCCCUAGACCACGGUAUCAUUAGCUUCAGCUCGUACCUGAAACUCUCUGGCUGGAUGUACCUAAUUUUAACGGCGUAUGUGGUUUUCUUUACACAGGAGUAUCCGUAUGCCCAUUCUGGGCUACCGGUAGUGUCUACGAAGCCGAAAGAUGAUGACGAGAAAGGACAUAUUGUGACGUCUACUACUAAGAAUUCUGCCCACAUAGAAUACAAUGAGGAUAGCUCCAUUAGCAAGACAUCCCUGGGGGCAGUGUACAGAUCGUUUGUGAAAGUUCUACGACUUCCAGCCGUAAGGUCGUUGAUAAUCCUUCACUUCGUGUCCAAGUUCCCAUUCCAAUGUAGCGAAGGUGCUACCAACCUGAAGCUGCUCGAAAAAGGACUUAAGAAGGAGGAUCUUGCCAUCACCGUCCUGGUGGAUUUUCCCUUUGAAAUCAUCUUUGGCUAUUAUGUCGCAAAGUGGAGUUCUGAAUCUCAUCACAGUCACCAACGGAAAUUACCAGCCUUUCUCACUCUACUAAUUGGCCAACCGGGUAUCUUAACUCCUUGGAUAAUCGGGUAUAUUGGUCGACUCAUUGCGUCCAUGCUAGGCAGCUUUAUUCUGUCGCAGUUCCCCGAGAAUGGCAACAUUACAAAGGGCUAUUUCCUGCUGGUUGUCACACAAAACCUACUGGGUUCCUUUAUGUCCACCGUACAAUUUGUAGGUGUUUCCGCCUUCCACACACGAAUCGCCGAUCCUGCUAUUGGUGGAACAUAUAUGACACUUCUGAAUACCUUGAGUAAUCUUGGGGGUACUUGGUCUCGGAUCGUAGUUAUGGCGAUGAUAGAUUUCUUUACUUCUAAAGUGUGCCAAAAUUCGGCCAUUGGCAUGUUCCCUCCGGAGGCGAAGUGCCUCGAAAGCGGCGGAACGCUAGUCAUUCUGCGCGAUGGUUACUAUAUGACGAACCUACUCUGCAUUGGGUUUGGCCUGCUCAUCUUUCCGCAUAUUAGGCGGAAAGCACAGCAUCUGCAAUCUUUGCCUAUAUCCAGCUGGCGAGUUUAA